AUGACAUCGCUGAAGGAGCACGAGGAGCUAACCCAGCUGAUGUUAGCUCAGCCCGAAGCGAUAAUCUUUUACAAUGUGCGGAGCCGCCGGCCCUUAGCCAGCCACCCGCAAUUACGCGGAUCCUGGGCCUUGGUGAAUGUUGUGCGCGUCGCCACUGAGCGCAUUAACGUAAUUUGGACAGCAAUGGCGGAUGAUGCGUCCGAAGAAGAUCCUUUGUCGUAUUCGCCACAUUUCCGGGGCAAGGUUUACAACCUGCCAGGACGCUGGGCAACGGGGGAUCGCAUGUUCGAGGACGCCCAAAUGGACGAACCACCACCAGUCACACUGGGCUCACGCGGCCAGCAGACAGCGCACUGGCGGUGUGAUGCGCCACAGCAACUACCGGACACCGGGCUUAACUACCACAAGUCACGAAGCCGAGAGCGCUUUCCCCAAGGUUAUAUCCAGCUAGUACUAUCGCGCUUGGACUGCUUGCGCGGGCAGAUGUGGCCGGCAGUUUUUUUGGAUAUCGCGCGUCGCCUGUUUAUGUGGCCGUUCGGGCCGGCAGUUUCGUGGACCUCGCGCAUCAACUGCUUAUGCUGUUCCGAGUUUUCGUAUGGCGGCUGGGUUGGUUGGGUCCUUGAGGACGGUGCCCUUGCUACUGCUCCGGGGCCCCUGUGGAGGCUCUUUGUGGAGGCAGGGCUGUCUCCGCGCUUUGGAACACACUCACUGCACUCUGAAGGUGUGACCGCUGCCGUUAACAACCGUGCGGAUUGCAGCUUGGUUCAGAAGCGGGGUGCUGGAAGAGUUUCGAGCGGAGGUUUCGAGCGCAUAAUGGUGAAGACAGCACCGCGGCUGGGGCAUGGGUGA